AUGUCUGGGGAAAAAGAAGAAGAAAAAAAACAGAGGAGAGGGGAGACGAGAGAGCGGCGAAGGCGAGAUGGAUGGAGGUGGGAGGGCGGCGGAGGCCAGAGGGAUGGAGAUGGGAAGGCGGCGAAGGCGAUAGGGCGGAGGCGAGAGGCGAGAGGCGAGAGGGCGGAGGCCAGAGGGAAGGCGGCGGAGGCGAGAGGCGAGAGGGCGGAGGCCAGAGGGAUGGAGAUGGGAGGGCGGCGGAGACGAGAGGUGGGAGGGCGGCGAAGGUCAGUGAGAAGGCGGCGAGAGGCGAGAAGGUGGAAGUGGGAGAGCGGCGGAGGCCAGUGGAAAGGCGGCGAGAGGCGAGAGGGCGGAGGUGGGAGGGCGGCGGAGGCCAGUGGGAAGACGGCGGAGGCGACGAGAGGCGAGAGGGCGGAGGUGGGAGGGCGGCGAGAGGACAGAGGGAUGGAGGUGGAAGGGCGUCGGAGGGCAGAGAAGAGGGGGAGGCAAGAGAGUGUGGAGAGAGAGAGAGAGAGAUAA